AUGGACUACUGCCCAGACAGCUGGGAUGAACCAACCUUCACGGGUUUGGCGGCAGGUUGCCCGGAGGUGUGCCGCCUCCACCAGAAGGAGCCGGUGAAGCGUGUCGCUUUUGAAGGAACGAACACCGGCCGUCGCUUCUACAUGUGUUCUGUGGAAGGGAUGCAGUACAUUGAUAAUUGUGGCUUCCACUCUUGGCUUGAUGAUGAGUGGCCACAGCCAAUGAAGAACACAUUGCUGAAGCUGUGGGGAAUGUACCAUGACAUGCACAAUGCACUUCUGGAUGAGAAGAUUGAGAAUGGCAAGAUUGUGAAAGAUUUGAAUGAAGAGAGUAUAAAGGUGGAGAAGAAGUAUUCCAGCCUGAUGGCAGAUGUUUCCAAGUUUAUGAAUGAUACUCAGAGGCAGGUUAUGCAAGCAAACUAUGACAAGAUAAUGAAUGGUAGUGAUGAGGAAAAGUUGAGGGAGAAUAAGACUAAACUUGAAAAUGAGCUGAUGAAAGCCCGUGAUGAAGUGGCUAAGCUGAAAGAGGGCAAGAUUGCUGAUGACAGAAAGAUGAAGCUGAUGGAGGAAGAAACUUCGUUGCUGAAGGAAGAGAAGAAGAAGCUAGAGUAUCAGCUAUUUGAUCUGUUUAAGUUGAGCAGUGCUAGGAAUGACAAGUUGGUCAAGAUCAAGCAGAUAUGUGGGCAGUAA